AUCAUGUUGAAGUGAAGGAUGGCAGAGACCAAAAUCGUCAAGCAAAGCGAUGAAUCGGCGCCGUUGGACCCGUCCGGCAGCAAAGGAUGCCGCGGCCGUGCCUUCUGCCACAACGGCAGCAAACAAAACCAUCGAUUCUGUCAAGAGGAAGACGAAGGAUCGAGCGAUCGUCAAGUUGCACGUGCAUGGUCUCGAGUUCCACGGCGGAGAGGAACUCGUCCUCAACUUGGACGCGCUCAAGCAGGAUUUGACGUUCCCCGAAGAUGACGCGUACGUGAUGGAGAUCUUCACGCCCAACUGCACGGAAGACUCUCGGCAGCACUUGCUGAUGGACGUUCCGUCGCCGGACGAGCUCCGGGCGAAGAAACCGGUCAAGGGGAAGAUGCAACUGAGUCUUCUCAAAGACACCGCCGCGCAGUUCAAUCUCCAGUUGCUGCAAGACGUCGUCGUGCGCUUUGUGGAAAAGCACGUGGUCGAAGUGGAAUUCGUCGAAGUGUCCCUCAAAGACCAGUUCCUGUCGCGGCGCGACCUGUUUUACCUUCAGCGCAGCUUGGUUGGGAAGGCGCUGUACGUGGGCAAGAUGGUCCGCAUGCACGGCGCACGCGUGCAAGUCAUGGAGCUCGUCCACGAGAACGACUCGGUCGUUACCGGCGUCGUCACCGCCAAGACUCGUUUCGUGUUCCGGUCCAAGUCGUCGCGGAUCUUCUGGCUCGUUCAAAUCAGUCCAGAGAUGUGGGACAUGGGCAACAAUGGCAACCUGUACGCCGACGAGCUGAUCCGCAUGGUGUCGAGCUUGUUCGACCGGUGGCAGGCGGACUACGUCUCGCACAGCUUGACGGUGAUCUUGUUUGGCCGCAACUACUACGACGAGUUGCCGCCUCUGCACUCGGAGCACCACUCGAACGCGAUCAGCCAGGACGACGACGGCCACUGGUUUGAAGACUUUUACAAAGUCAUUUCGUACGGCAGAGACGGCGCGCUCGACACAGCCGCCAUGCUGACGACGCUCAAGGCCGAAGUGAAUGCGUUCCCGCACUUGUGUGGAUGGGGCCUCGACCCGAUCAAAGGCAUCGCGCUCACAUGCAAAGGCGGUCACGGCCAUCCGAGCUCGGCCAAGGACGGGAAUGUCCUGGAAGCGAUCAACUUGAUCCUCAACAUUUACGAAAAGCACUACCUCGACCGCGAUUUGAACCGCAGCGGACAGAACCUUGUCUUGUUCACGGCUGGCAACGGUGUGUUUCGAGUGAACCAGCUCGUCAGCGACAUGACGGAACAACGCAUGAUGGACAACGGUAUCGGGUUCGACUGCAUCUCGCUGUCGUCGCCGCCGCUGGAAUCGGUGCCGCGGUUCUACUUGAAAGGCCCGACCCCACUCACACACCCCUCGGGACGACCCAAGCAGCCGCUCAAGCUACCCAUGUCGCCGUUUUCGCUGUCGGAGUGCUCUAGCAGCUUCACCCCCAUGUGGUUUUCCGUGAGAUUCAGCCAACACACGCCGGACACGUUUUCGCCGCUGCCCAUGUGUCGGCUCUUUGCCGCGCCAGUUGGCAUGCCGUCGCGGCCGCUCGCGUUCUUGCUCACGCAAUUGCAGUGGACGCCCCACCAAACGUUGACGGUACCAACAACUCCGACCACGCCGUUCGCGCUGCCGUUCCCAUCCACGCCCGACGUGGCGGCUGGCCAGUUGCAGCUGCAACAACUCAAGCCGUACUACGUCGCCAACGACUGCGACGACGACGUGUUUGUUGUGCGGUCAACGCCGCAAGACAAAUCACCGCCAUUGCACUGCGGCACGCCGCCGCUGCACAGUCUCCAGGCACUUGUGAAACAACGCAAGGCAUCGACCAAGAACUUUGGCAUGUCGCCCGACAUGAAGCCCGCGGCAUUCAACACGAUGGUGUCCAAGUCACCCCGCCAGCAGCCGUUUUCCCUGGCUGGUGGCGGUCAAGCCCGGUCAUUCCCCACAAGCAGCUCGAGUAGCACGAGUCCCCACGACCACCAUCCAUCCCCACGGCAUCCUGGAGUGCUCCAGACCAUGCACACGUCCAUGCAGCAACUCAAUCCCGCCGCUUUGCCCCACCAGCACACCCAUCAUCGGUCGUCGUCGUCCGGGGCGCUCCACAAUCCGCCGGCCCCUGCGUCGCAACUGCGGUCGACGGCGGCCGUCGCGUAUGCCCCCGUGUCCACGGCCAACAAGUAUCGAUGGAGCCACGUGUAUCGGUACGAAAUGCUCAGCUACGAGCUCGACUUUAAGAGUUUGUGCACGCCGGCCCUGCUGCCGCUGACGACGGAUUACAUGCAAGACUUCAACGUCAAGUACGAGGAAAAGGUGUACAAAGUCGGGUGCGACCAGCACGACGGCGGCGGCUUCUUUUUAAACCAUCGCGAGUACGCGCUCGAGUUGGUCGCGCAGCGCUUCUCCCAGGACUUUCAACUGAUCGGCGAGCGCCACGUGGCAGGCACGACCAUGUACAAGCUCAGCAUGGGCCAUCAAGUGCACGAAAUCUCGUACUCGGACACUGGCGAAGACAUUGACGUGAAGAUCUUGAAGCAGACGACGCCAGGGGAAAAGGCCAAGGCGGCGAUGCCGUCGCUUGUUCCGGUGCCACCGGCGACGACCCCUCGCGUCGAGUACAACUACUCGUUAUGGUCGCCCCUGACAAGCCACUUUCUCCCGGCCAAGCAAGAGUUUCGAUACCCCAACACGGACGAGUACGGGUGGAAUACGUUGGAUUCGUCCAUGAGCGCGCACGAUUUUGUCAUGACCAACAACAUCAAGUACAAGCGCGGGUUGUACUGCGUGCUGCCGCCGGUGCUGUCGACGCACGACGACGCCGACCGCCAGAAAACCCUGGACGAAUUCACGGACCGCUUCACGCGAUUCCUCGACUACAUUCGCAUGAAGGCCCGAAAGGACGACGGAUCGAUCGCCGCGACGUCGCCGCUGCUGACAAACGUGAUGGACGUGAACAUCUUGUCGGGGGAAAGGAUUCCCCGCCGAGUCGUACAAAGCGACAUCAAGAUUCCGCUCUCCGCGCCUGAUGCGCCCCUCCAGUACGCGCGCGCGUUGGGCGUCGCGUAGCUGACUCUCGUGUAGGCAGCAAUGGCUCAACAUUCACUACGACGUCGAGUGCUUGCCCGUGCAGGUGUACCACAUCGAAGUGCAGUGGCUCGUGUGCAGAAGCGCGUUGGUCGACGACUUCAUCUUGGGCCUGCAGCGCCGCGCCAAGCAAUUUAAUCUCGACGUCAUUCCGGUUGUCGUUCGCGCUGACGAUACGUGAUAUGAUGGUCUUCUCACUCGUGGGUCGCUCCGUUAGAUGCCGGAGAAUUGCGGUGUCAGCACGAUGGACGUGCAUCCGUUGAUCUGCCCCGUGUUCUUUCCUCUCAAGUCGGCCGCGGACUUUGCCGUUGUCGAGCACAAGUUGACGUCGGAGCUUCAGUUUUGCUUGGAAGGAAUCCAUCGCAUCCCGUACGAGUCCAUGACGUAUCAGUACCAUGGCCCGACAAAGGCGACGAGUGCCGGACUACGAUCUGUGUCGGGCAAGACGCGGGCGCCGCAGCGAACGUAUCGGCAAUUCAUCCACAGGUCCAUGAGCUGCUUCGUGCGACUCACGGACGCAGGCGUGAUUUGGAUCAGCAGUCGACGCAUGCACUCGGCGGCGAUGCAAACUUUGUUUUGCCAGCUGAAGCACGUCGUCCAGACGAUAUCCGUCACGGACGAAAUGAAGAAGCUCGAAUUCUUCCAGACCGCCAGCGUCGUCAUAACGCCCCCACUUGUUCCAAUGCCCACCAUGCUCGACGACGUGGCUGAAAACGUCUGCUUGUCCUCCACCGCGGCGUAGGUAACCUCUCUUUGCCCUUGCACACACACCUCAUGCAAAGUGUCGUGCAUGGUCGUGUCUCGAGUAGACAUUGUUCCAAUGAAGUCCACACUGUGCACCGCUUCGAGCAGUGAAGGUAUCCGACCAGAAGUAGAAUGGACUGGCGCAAGCACCCUUGGUCGUCACGAUGAAGAUGACGCCAACACGAUUCCGACCCCAAAAUCUGCCGCAUGCAUCCUUGACCGCGUUGGGUUGCUUUUCAUGUCGACACAGCUGCACAUCAAGGUUGUCGCUUCCCGCAAAACUUCGAUUUUGUCUUGUCGUCGCACGCAUCUACCUCGCGCAGCAGGUCCAUGUGAUUGUUUGGUCCGAGAUACACACCCGGAUGAUCCUAUCCAUGCUGCAAUCCUUGUGCGUGGACCAAACGCUCUCAUGACGUCUCGGUACACAAGGACAUGCAUCAUGACGUUUCACCCAAACACGAUCCAUCGAGGUCCGUCGUUGGGCGCUUAUGCAGCCCCAAGGGGUCGACACGUCGGCCGCGCCUGCCCAGAGACAGUUCGCGCGCACGCAAGAUUUGAAGUUGU